CUGUCGUGUCCUCUCUGCCUGUCUCCCUCUCCCUCUCUCUCUGCUGCUGUCAAACUUGGAUCUACCGUCGAUCCCUGGACAGAGCGUGUGUAGCGAUGUUUUCCCGGCCCAGAGCACGACGCAGUGGUGCUAUCGCAGUUUCUCUCGUUGGCUUAAUUCAGCCUUUACGCGGUUUCGUUGUCAACACCUCCGUCCGCCCCCAGGCGGUGCCUUCAACUUCCGGAGUAUCAAAUGCGCUGACCACGCGGAUACAUACAGGCCCACGCGAGAUGGUGUCGGCUGCUGUAGCGUCUUCUCCCACAGAAGCUGCCGGCGCCACCGAUGGCGAAAGGGCAAUUAUCCUAUCGAUCACCGAGAGAGCCAGGACGGUGACACAUGUUGCUGACUCGGGCACGUUGUGUACACUGUCGAGCAGUGGAGAAGCCGGACCGGAAGGUUCCCCUUUCGGCAGCCACGUUGACUACGUCCUCGAUGAGCAGGGCUGGCCAAUUUUCCUUCUCGCGGAAGCAUCACUCCACACCCAAAACAUCAAAGCCAGUAACAGAGUAUCGCUGCUAUGCCAAACUCCUCGCGAAGCCAAUGGUCAACCGCAAGCAGCCCUGGCGCGAGUGACCCUUGUUGGUGCUAUCGUGGACGUGGACGAUGACGACGAGCUUAUCCAACUCAAGGCUUCAUUCUCCCUGGUGCACACUUACGCUGACCAGCUGACGCAGUCACCGAGAUUCAAGUUUUACAAGCUCAAGCCGGAUAAAGUGUACUACGUGGGCGGGUUCGGAGUGUUGUCCAAGUGGCUGCCUGUCAGCGAGUACGAGACGGCGGAACCAGACAUUUUGGCAGACGAGGCCUCGUCAAUUGUGUCCAAGAUCAACAACGGCAAGCAAGAGGACCUUCAGACUGUCUGCAAGCACUUUCUCAACAAAGCCACCCCGGACACGGUAGCAGUCACGACCGUGGACCGUCUCGGGUUAGACUUGAGAGUCAAAGCCAGGGACUUGACGGAUGAGUUCAGGAUCGGUUUCCGGCAACCGGUUUCGUCGGUGGAGGACGCCAAGAGCGAAAUCGUCAAGAUUUUCCAGGAAGCAUGGGAGAAGGAGAAUGGCUUUGAGUGGGAGGACCAGGGACCGCCCAUCCAACGAUACGCCGAAGACAUUUUGAGAGCGUAGCGCAUACAUCCCAUCGUGG